AUGGAAUUGUCACUAGAGCUCGUAUUCGGUCUCAUGUUCAUCGGGAUCGCCGCCGUGCUUUUGGCCUCAAUAAACUGGGCGAUCGUCAAGGGCAUGUCACUACCACCUAUAGUGAUCUUUUGCGCUAUCCUCGCGCUCACUUCGGCGGUGUGUCCGGCGGUGGAACCAAAUUCGAAUGUUGUGUCCCUCGGACCGGCCAUCGACGGGACGUGCUCUAACGGCUUGCUGUGUCUGAAUGACCCGCGCUACGGAGAUUACUGCUACCGGGCCCCGUCUGUUGGACCGUGUGUCUCCGACCAAUGCCCUGCCCCCUACACUUGCAUCCUAGCUGUGAACGGAUGCUAUGAUUUGUCGGGAGGUGACAGCUGCAAGGACAAGGAUCCAAACUGCGCAUUGUACCUCAAGAAUGGCUACUGCCGCUCAAAACUCUACACGCCCGCUGAGAAAAGGGAUUCGUGCUGUAAGACCUGCGGAUUUGACACGGCUUGCCAGGAUGCUGAUCCCAACUGCCCACUCUACGAGAAUAACAGCAAAUACUGCAACAGCAGCACCUCCAGCGAGGCCCAGAAAAUCAGCACCUGCAGGAAAACUUGCGGAGUCUGCUAU